CUUGAUCUUGAUAUUGAUAAGAGACAAAUAAUUUAGGUCAAGACGUUUAGUGAUUAUCGGUAAAGAUCUACUAUAUGUACGAACAAAACUGAAAGAACGUUAGAGUGCUUUCGUUUUCAGUGCAAACUUUGUGAAAAGUGUCUGAAAAACAUCUGGUUGAGAAAAACGAUUGAAUAGAGGAAUAAUGGAGUACCAUCACCGUCCAAUGGAGCAGCAGCAGCAGCAGGGAACGGGAGGUGGCGCAGGACCGCCGGCGCAGCCUCAGUGGGGCUACGGCUGGGCGCCGCCCGCGCCCGCGCCGCGCUCUAAGCGUCCGCACUCCGAUAGCGAGGACGACGCCUUCUCCGAGGAGAGCAGCAAGGAUGCACAGUCACCUGGCGGUGAGUCGUGCCAGCUGAUGACGCGCAAGCGACGGCGCGGUGUCAUCGAGAAGAAACGACGCGAUCGCAUCAACACCUCACUGACAGAGCUGAAGCGGCUCGUGCCCGCCGCCUGCGAGAAACAAGGCAGUGCAAAGCUGGAAAAGGCGGAGAUACUGCAGCUCACAGUCGACCAUCUCAAGAUGCUGCACGCCAAAGGUGUGGACACGUUAGCAUACGACCCGCAGCGGUAUGCGAUGGACUACCACAGCAUCGGGUUCCGCGAGUGCGCGGCAGAAGUGGCGCGCUACCUGGUCAGCUGCGAGGGACUCGAUAUACAGGACCCGCUGCGUCUGCGCCUAAUGAGCCACUUGCAGUGCUUCGCCGCGCAGCGCGAGCUCGCCGCCAAGUCUGCCAACUGGGGCUACCCGCAGUACCCCGCCGCGCCCGCGCCUCACUCGCACCAUGGCUACGGCGACGUGGCCGGCCAGCGGCACGACCCCUCCGCUUCCGCAGGCGCGACUUCGCUGGCCGCAACGACAAGUAUUGCAGCGCCAUUGUCCGCGCCGCCCGCCUAUGCGCACUACGCGCACGCGCCGCCCGGUCCGCCGCCACCCGCGCCACCUGCGCCUCCCGGCCCGCACCCCGCACCCCCCGCACCACACUACCCCACACCCUACCCGCAUCACCCGCCUCAUCACCAGUACUCGCAGAAUACCUCUAAACCCUACAGACCCUGGGGCGCAGAGCUGGCGUAUUAG